UUGGGCAGAGCACUUGUUGAAAUAGGCCAUAGGGAGAGUGAUGAGAUGACGGCCUUCCUAGUCAGAUACAUUGUAUGUUUAUGCUUAGUGAUGUUGCUCUCUCUAUCGUUAUGGCCUGCCUCGUCCCUUCUUUCUUCCUCUUGUCAGUUGCAGGAACCUUUUAGUCUUAAUGGCAUGUAUAAACAGGGAGACAUUGUGCUGGGGGGUCUAUUUGAAACCCAUUAUACCUCUAUCUUCCCCAAAUCCUUUUUCACCUCCAAACCACAGCAGCCCAUCUGCCAGGGUUUUGACAUUCAAGGGUUCAGGCAUUCCCAGACCAUGCUGUUUGCAGUAGAUGAGAUCAACAGGAGUGACAGUCUUCUGCCAAACGUGACACUGGGAUACAGACUGCAUGAUAACUGUGCCUCACUCGGAGUUGCCUUCCGAGCUGCCUUUUCAUUGGCCAGUGGCAAGGAGGAGAAGUUUGACCAGGCCGCAAGCUGUAGAGGAACCCCUGUGGUAGGGAUUGUGGGUGACUCCAGCUCCACAAAUACUAUUGCCAUCUCCAGUGUUUUUGGUUUGUUCAAAAUGCCCAUGGUGAGUUACUUUGCCACAUGUUCCUGUCUCAGUGACAGGCAACGAUUCCCAUCUUUUUUUAGAACUAUCCCAAGUGAUGCGUUUCAGGUGCGAGCUAUGCUCCAGAUUCUGAAGCGGUUUGGCUGGACCUGGUUUGGCCUGCUGAUCAGUGAUGAUGACUACGGUCUCAACGCCGCCCGUUCCUUCCAGUCAGAGCUGGCCCAGUCUGGUGAAGGCUGUCUGGAUUAUCUAGAGGUUUUGCCGUGGGGAAACGACCUUGGUGAACUUCAAAGGAUCGUUGACAUAAUGAAGAAAUCCACUUCCCGUGUGGUCAUUGUUUUUGCACAUGAGAAUCACAUGUUUAACCUCAUGGGAGAGGUGGUAAGGCAGAAUGUUACAGGCCUACAGUGGAUGGCCAGUGAAGCCUGGUCAACAUCCAUUGUACCUCAGACUCCCAGCUACAUGCCUUUUCUUGCAGGCACUCUGGGCAUUGCCAUCCGCCGGGGAGAGAUACCAGGACUGAGGGACUUUCUACUGACAAUACGCCCUAACAAUAAGACACUCAGCAGCAAGGACAAUAACUUUGUGCAGCAGUUUUGGGAGGAGACGUUCCAGUGUAGAUUCCCGCCUUCACCGCCCAAAUGGAUCGAUGAAGGGGGGAGACUGUGCACAGGGCAGGAGAACCUGGCAACUGCAGAGACAGAGUUCCUGGAUGUGUCAAACCUCAGGCCAGAAUAUAAUGUGUACAAGGCAGUAUAUGCCAUGGCUAAUGCCCUCCAUGACAUGCUGAGGUGUGUUCCAGGAAGGGGACCUUUUGUCGGGCAAACCUGCGCCAGUUUACAGAGACUAGAGCCAUGGCAGCUAGUUUAUUACUUGGAUAGGAUCAACUUUACCACACCUUUUGGGGAUCAAGUGUCAUUUGAUGAGAAUGGGGACGCUUUACCCAUCUAUGAUGUAAUGAACUGGCUUUGGCUCCCAGACGGUAGCACAGUAGUUCAGAAUGUUGGAGUUGUCAAGGAGACCGCUGUCACAGGUGGAGAAACCACACUCAAAGAAGACAUCAUCUACUGGAAUUUUGUGCCCAAAAAGCCACCUCGAUCAGUGUGUAGUGAGAGCUGUCCCCCAGGCACCCGCAUGGCCAGGAGGAAGAAUGAGCCUGACUGCUGCUUCGACUGCAUCCCUUGUUCAGAUGGAGAAAUUAACAAUAGGACAGAUUCGACAGAGUGCCUGAGUUGUCCAGAAGACUUCUGGUCAAGCCCUCAGCGUGACGUUUGUGUGCCAAAAAUGAUAGAGUUCCUCUCAUACAAUGACCCCUUGGGCAUAUCCUUAACAACGGCCUCUUUGAUAGGAACACUCAACUGUGCAAUUGUGUUAGGAAUCUUCACACAUCAUCGGACCACACCAGUGGUUAGGGCCAACAACUCAGAGCUCAGCUUCCUCAUUCUGCUGUCACUCAAACUAUGCUUCUUGUGCGCCUUGCUUUUCAUUGGUCAACCAAGGCUCUGGACUUGUCAAUUGAGGCAUGCAGCCUUUGGGAUCAGCUUUGUUCUGUGUGUCUCUUGUAUCCUGGUGAAGACCAUGGUUGUUCUGGCGGUAUUCAAGGCCUCCAAACCAGCUGGUGGGAAUAGUCUGAAGUGGUUUGGGGCAGUUCAACAGAGAGGGACUGUUGUAUUUCUGACUUUAAUCCAAGCAGCAAUAUGCACAACCUGGCUUGUGUCUUCCUCACCAGCUCCAAAUAGAAACACAAAAUAUCACAAUGACAGAAUAGUAGUUGAGUGUGUAGUGGGGUCCAGAGUUGGAUUUGGAGUAUUACUGGGCUAUAUUGGAUUACUGGCUAUUCUCAGCUUCUUGCUUGCAUUCUUGGCACGCAAUCUGCCAGAUAACUUCAAUGAGGCCAAGUUUAUCACCUUCAGCAUGCUUGUCUUUUGUGCUGUUUGGAUAGCCUUUAUCCCCGCUUAUAUUAACUCCCCUGGUAAAUCUGCAGAUGCUGUGGAGGUAUUUGCCAUUCUAGCUUCUAGUUUUGGGCUGUUAGGGGCCCUAUUUGGACCAAAGUGUUUUAUAAUUCUGCUUAGACCUGAGAGAAACACAAAGAAGGCUAUAAUGGGACGGGGUGUCCCAAAAGAAUAGAGCCAGCUUUAGAUUCAUUAAAUUUUCGGUAUAAUCGAUUGAUUACGUGAAUGUUUGUCACGUUAUUUAGACUACAUAACUGCAUUCCAUGAUCAUUUCAUUUUGAAAUCAGUUGGAUAUAUGAUCACAAACAAAUCUGUAAAAAAUAUGAUGUAUCAUUGUGUCACACAUUGUUAUGUGUCUUUUUUCACUAGUAAUAGGUGUAUGGUAGGCCAUGAUCUUAUGAACUUGUAGCAUGUUUGUUUUGCAUGGUUUUUUUUAGUCACCUGGGACUGAGGAGAUGUUCACUAUAAAAGUUUAUAAAUUUAAAUAUGUAAGUUUGUGUCCAAAAAUGUAUUUUGGGUCUGGAGAGCAGCCAUUGACCCUACCUUUUAAAACAGCAAAGUGUAUCACUGUGAUGUCACGGAGCUACAAAAGGCAGAGAUAGGAACUAACAUUCCUAACACUAGCAUUUUUCUGUAAGUCACAGCAAAGUCACUCUUCUUGAGCCUCGAUUACAACAUAAUCCAAUCUAAAUAAAGAAACUUUUCUUAAACAUGGUGAAUUAUUAAAAUUUUGAAAUGAUAAGACUUCUAUCAUUGGACCGUUGUGUUGAUAGCAUGACGUGAAAAAUAUCAUUUUUAAGUACGCUAGCAUUUAGCUUCUACAAAUAGUACACUGGAUAUUUAGGAAGCUCCUAGCCUCUAGCCAUAUAAAAAGGGGGUCCCAAAACAUGAAUGCCCGAUAUAACAAACAUAUUUUCAAUAGACUAAUCAUUUCAGCACCAGUGAAACAAGAGAUACCAAAGGGUUUAUGCUUUACUUUGUGUUUCCUAGUUAAAUAUUGACAUUGUUAGGAUCCGCGACCUCCAAUAUGCUUUGCUAUUGUGAUAGCCACCUUAGGCUAAAACGGGUAGAAUUCUCCCUGCCUUUUGUUGUUACCCAUUGGCCGUGAAAUAAUUAGAGGGGGAGGGCUAUUGCCAGUCAAGAGGGAUAAGAGAGUUAUCCAUACAUCUGUUCAAAGGAAACACUGGCACCUCUGACUGACCUUUAAGGUAAACAUUACCUUACUAUGAAUCGAGGAGGGAAUUGCCAUGACAAUCAAUAGUUGUAUAUUGACACGAAUACACUUGAGUCCAUACAGUCUAGCAUGAUGCUUGCUCAAAACAGCUGGGGGAUGCAUUUUUUUCAAAAUGGUGGGUCUGGGGUAAUUUUAUGCCAAAGGGCCUGGGUUAAGUUGUGCCAGUGGCACAAGUUACCCCAAUUUAUGAUUUUUUUUACUAUAUAUUACUUCAUUCUAUUUUAUUGUUAUUGUUCAUUGUAAUCUUACAUUUGAUCACUAAAACUAUGUGAUAUUCUUAGACCAUCAUGCCACGCAAAUAAAAAUGGAAGACAGACAGGGUUUCAACUCCUCUUGAGGAGUUGGAAAGAGCAGUGAAAGAGGUGCAAGAGGAGAAGACCAUACGUCAGGUUGGAAAGGAGAUUAAGAUCUGCAGGAUGACCAUAAAAAGAUGCGUGAUGAAUCUGCUCACUUGGGUUAUGUGUCUCCAGAAGUCAUACUUCAAUUGCCAAAAGCCACAGAAAGAAAGAACAGAAUUGUAAAAAAGAAAGUGAAAACUAGAAUCAUGACCGACACACCUGAGAAGAUAGAG